GACGUUGGCUUUUUCUUCUGAGUGGACAGCAUAAAAGCACAACUUAAGAGACUUAGAAAACCAAACCAAAACAAAGAGAAACAAAAGUUAAACACGAAAAAUGGUGGUGAAGGUGUAUGGUCCAACAUAUGGAUCCCCAAAAAGGGUGCUGGUGUGUUUGAUUGAGAAGGAAAUUGAGUUUGAAACAGUGGAUGUUGAUCUCUUCAAGGGAGAGAAUAAGGAACCCGAGUUCCUUAAGCUGCAGCCAUUUGGAUCGGUUCCUGUUAUUCAAGAUGGUGAUUAUACUCUCUAUGAAUCUCGUGCAAUAAUCAGAUACUUAGCAGAGAAGUAUAAAGACCAAGGGACUGACCUCUUGGGAAAGACAAUAGAAGAAAAGGGUCUAGUGGAACAAUGGCUUGAAGUUGAAGCUCAUAACUUUCACCCACCAAUCUACAAGUUAGUUAUUAAUCUUCUGUUUGCCCCAUUAGCAGGUGCUCCUUCAGAUCAAAAAGUGAUAGAAGAGAGUGAUCAAAAUCUUGUGAAGGUGCUGGAUGUGUAUGAGGAGAGGCUGUCAAAGACCAAGUACUUGGCCGGUGACUUCUUCAGCCUUGCUGACCUUAGCCACCUCGCAUUUGGUCAUUAUUUGGUGAACCAAACUGGGAGAGGGAAUUUGGUAAGAGAGAGGAAGCACGUGAGUGCUUGGUGGGAUGACAUUAGUAACAGACCAUCUUGGAAGAAGGUUCUUCAGUUAUAUAAGUACCCAGUCUAGAGGCUUAAUUGGUUCUGCUCCAACAUUCCAAGUUGGUUUGAGUUUGAGGGAAGUGCCUUCAGUGCUUGAGAAUAAAAUGGAGGCUAUCUGCAAGAUGUGGACCUGUAGUGUGUUUUUCGAUUUGGAUCUUUUCCACUUGAAUAAUGUAACAUUGAAUUGUGGUAAAAACAAGUUUUAUCAUGUAUGAACUAUUGUGUUUAGUUAUUGGGUCCAUUUGUUGUAAACCAAGGGCCUCUUGUGUUGAGAAGUAAUAAUAUAAAUAUCCGUAUUUACAUCUUA